AAAUUCCACAGCGCCGGGAGCGCCCCGCGGCCCGGCGAGAGUCCCGGCGUGCUCCGCGCCUCCCGCAACCACUUCCGGGGCGGGAGUGGGGCAGCGGUGUCCGGGCGCUGCGGCGGCAGCCCGCGCGGAGGGAGCCCGGGCGUGCGUGGCGGCGAGCGCACCGGGCUGAGAGAGUGCGGCGGCGCACCGGGACUCAGCGCAGAGGCGACGGCAGAGCCACGUGCCAUGUGGGGUUACCAGGAGGAGGUGUCAGGGGAUGUCUGUGCGGUCUGGCCUGGCGGUGUUCUCGAAGGACCCACCCCAGGGCCUGACAACCAGGUGAUGUCGGAGCUCAGCGAUGAAGCCAGUGAGCCAGAACUCCUGAACUGCAGCUUGUCCAUGUGGCAUGGGCUGGGUGCUCAGGUCGGCCGGGAGGAGCUGGCCGUCCCCUUGGAUCUUCACACAGCUGCUUCCAUUGGCCAAUAUGAAGUGGUGAAGGAAUGUGUGCAGCGGAGAGAGUUAGAUUUGAAUAAGAAGAAUGGUGGUGGCUGGACCCCGCUGAUGUAUGCUUCCUACAUUGGACAUGAUACCAUCGUGCACCUGCUGCUUGAGGCGGGGGUGAGUGUGAAUGUGCCGACCCCGGAAGGGCAGACUCCACUGAUGCUGGCUUCCAGCUGUGGCAACGAGAGCAUCGCCUACUUUCUCCUCCAGCAAGGUGCCGAGCUGGAAAUGAAGGACAUUCAAGGCUGGACUGCCCUCUUCCACUGCACCAGCGCUGGGCACCAGCAGAUGGUCAAGUUCCUUUUGGACAGUGGAGCGAAUGCCAACGUGAGGGAACCAGUAUAUGGAUUUACUCCUUUGAUGGAAGCAGCUGCCUCUGGCCAUGAAAUAAUUGUGCAGUAUUUUCUCAAUCAUGGAGUCAGAGUGGACACGAGAGACCACAGUGGAGCCACAGCCCGGAUGCUGGCCAAGCAGUAUGGACACAUGAAGAUCGUGGGGUUGAUAGACGCUCACUCUCCUACUCUGCCCAAGAACCUCUAUCGGAGCCCAGAAAAAUUUGAAGAUCUAAGCUCUUCAGAUGAAUCCUGCCCUGUUCCCCAGAGACACAGGCCCUGUCGGAAGAAGGGCCUCAGCAUCCAUGAGGGGCCACGAGCCUUGGCCAGGAUCACAGCCAUCGGCCUCGGAGGCAAGAUGCAGCAGGCUUGCUGUGAGCAGGUGCCUCCACGGGGCUAUGUCACCUUCAACAGCAGUGAUGAGAACCCCCUGGAGGCGGGCGGCCUCUGUUACAGGGACGUCACCUCCCCAAUCAAUGACCGGGAUGUGGAGAGCAGCAGCAGCAGCAGUCGGGAGGAGCACGCCUUCUGUGCCAACCUGGGGGUCGCGAGGCGCAGCAGCAGCAGCGAGGGCCUGGCGAGAGCCCCAGGAGUCAGCAGCGAGGCCUCUCUGGAGAGCAACGAGGAUUCGGAUCAUGCGUGUCAAAGCUCGGUUCGCAAGCAAACUAAAAGUUACAUGAAGACCAAGAAUCGUUACAGCAACAGUGACGGCCAGUGGCCCACCAGCACUGGGCCGGCUGGUGCAGCCUGCUCCCCAGGAUCUGUUUCCCAGACAGAGAGGUCCCUCUGUUCAGGACCCCAGGACCUCGCCACACUGCUGGAGCAGAUUGGGUGUCUCAAGUACCUGCAGGUGUUUGAGGAGCAGGACGUGGACCUCCGCAUUUUCCUGACCCUCACCGAGAGCGACCUGAAGGAAAUCGGCAUCACCUUGUUUGGGCCUAAGAGGAAGAUGACCUCUGCCAUUGCCCGCUGGCACAGCAGUGCCCGGCCACCCAGCGAUGCUCUGGAGCUGGCGUAUGCCGACCGGCUAGAAGCUGAGAUGCAGGAGCUGGCCAUCCAGCUGCACAAACGCUGUGAGGAGGUGGAGGCCAUGCGAGGCCAGGUGUCACAGGAGCAGGAGCUGCGGGCGGUGGUGGAGAGCUGCCUCCUGGAGCAGGACGGUGCCCGGAAGGACGUGCACGCCCAGCUGCAGGAGACCUGGGCCCUGGCCCGGGACGCUGCGCUCGUCUUGGAUCAGCUGCGAGCUUGUCAAGCCGAGCUGUCAGCCAGAGUGAAGCAGGAAGAGUCCACCCGAGGGCUCCCCCAGGGCCCGGCCCUCCCCACGGCUGAUUCCAAAGGCUGGCAGGCUUCCCUGCAGGCUCUGAGCCUCCCCGAGCUUUCCGGAGCGCUGGAGGAUCGAGUCCAGGAAAUGGGGCGAGUGCUAUGCUCAGUGACCCAGAGCUUGGAGAAGCUGCAAGUGCUGAACGGGAAGGAGAACUGGCGGGAGCCUUAGCUGGGAGGGACGUCUUCCCUGUCCCUUCUCAGAAUCUGACGUUGGGUGACUGAUCCACCCUGAAGCUGUGUGCCUGGAAGACAGGAGGGCAGUGAGCAAGCGGCUGCAGCAGGCCGGGCCCGAGCGGGGGCCAGAGGAUCAGGCCCCCGGAGCAGCUGGCAGAGGCAGGACAGGGCAGAGGCCCACGCAGAGGCAGGAUGAGGGCCUCUCUCCCAGAAGCGGGGGGCCAGGCCCAGAGCAGGCAGGGCCAUGGGGAGACAGCGGGCCCCCAUACACCACAGGCGCCACACUGAAAGGACCGGGCGCCUGGGUAGCGGAUGUCAUUGCUGGAAAAUAAAAUUUAAGAUCUGCUGGUGA